AUGGGGCCUUUUCAACAUGUUAGGAAGAUACAAAAAUUCAAAAGGAGGUUAGGGAUGCAUCAGGCUGGUGCAAAAUAUAGGGGAAAGAUUUGGUUUUUUGUAGAGGAGAAUGUAAAUGUGGAAAUUUUAUCUGAUACUACACAUCAGAUUACCUUGAAACUGUUUCUUCAGGAGCACAAUAGAUAUCUUAUAACAACUUUAGCAUAUGGUAAAUGUGAUGAAGUAGAAAGAAUGCCUCUUUGGGAUAGUAUUUAUCAGUUAGCUGGCUCAUUUGACAUGCAUUGGUUGGUAGGCGGAGAUUUUAAUGUAGUGAUGAAUGAAGAGGAGAAAAUAGGUGGAGUCCCAGUAGUCCCUCAAGACUAUGAGGAUUUUUCCUUUUGUAUCAACUCAUGUGAUUUAUUUGAAACAGGUUUUAAAGGCACUCCUUUUACAUUGUGGAAUGGCAGGGCUGGGGAUGAUUGUAUAUUUGAAAGAUUGGACAGAAUCUUCUUUAACUCACAGUUUCAACAAUGGUUUGGUCACAUUAAAGUGGAGCAUCUAUCCAGGACUGGAUCUGAUCAUGCCCCUUUUCUUAUUACUUUGGGUGAGGAAGUUCAGACUUUCAUAAAACCAUUUAGGUUUUUGAAAUUUUGGACUGAGCAUAAAGAUUUCUUGGACAUAGUAAGGCUGAAUUGGUCUGAGGAGAGUAUUAGAAAUCCUUUUUUGGUUUUUAAACAGAAGAUCAAGAAAGUAAAAGGGGCUCUAUCUGCUUGGAGUAGAUUGGCUUUUGGAGAUAUCUUCAAACAACUUAUCAUCAGGGAAGAUAUACUUGCUCAGGCUGAACUGAAGAAGUAUUUACAUUAUGAGGAAGAGUUUUGGAGACAAAAAGCAGGACACACUUGGUUCUCUGAAGGUGAUAGAAACACCAGGUUUUUUCACAAUUUAGUAAAUGGAAGAAGAAAAAGGUUACAGGUGAAUAGAAUUCAAAUAUCUGAUGGUGAGUGGAUAGAAGAUAAAGUGCAGCUUGCAGCAGAAGAAGUUAAUUUCUUCCAACAACGAUUCUCUCAAGAGAAGGGGGCUCUAUAUUUUGGCAUGCUGAAGCAUAUUCCAUAG